AUGUCUUCUUCCAGCGUCAACGUGGAUAAUCACUCCGCGGCCCGGGCUAGAACAAAGCCUCAUGCCAGCGAGGACGCCAUUGACGCCGAAAUCCUUCAGGUGCCAGACCAAUCGGCUCAGGAGAAGUAUGACUCCAGUGCUAGUCUGGAGCUCAUCAAGUUGGAAGCAUGGUUGGCUCCCUUAGUAUUCACCAUCACGUCGUUUGUGCUCAGAAUGUACAGAAUCAGUGUUAACAACGCUGUGGUGUGGGACGAGGCCCAUUUUGGAAAGUUCGGUUCCUACUACUUGAGACAUGAGUUCUACCACGACGUGCACCCACCUUUAGGUAAGAUGAUGGUGGGUUUGUCUGGAUGGAUGGCCGGCUACAAUGGAUCGUGGGACUUCCCUUCGGGAGAGACCUACCCGGACUAUAUUGAUUACACCAAAAUGAGACUUUUCCAGGCCACCUUCUCAUCCUUGUGUGUACCAUUGGCUUACUUCACUGCUAAGGAAGUUGGCUUCUCCAUUCCUGCUGUGUGGUUGUUCACCACCAUGGUCACGUUUGAGAUGUCCUACGUCACUUUGGGUAAGUUCAUCUUGCUCGACUCGCCCCUCUUGUUCUUCACUGCCGCUACCGUGUUCACCUACUCGAGAUUCAACAACUUCAACAACAAGAAGUUGGAAUUCUCACGCAAAUGGUGGAAGUGGCUCUUGCUCACCGGUGUGGCUAUCGGCUGCACUUGCUCCACUAAGAUGGUGGGUCUCUUCGUCACAUCCUUGGUUGGUAUCUACACCGUCGUUGACUUGUGGGGUAAGUUUGGUGACAAGACCGUCUCGUGGAAGAAGUAUGGCUACCAUUGGGGUGCCCGUAUUCUUGCAUUGAUUGUAGUGCCCAUGCUUGUGUUCUUGUUGUCGUUCAAGAUCCACUUCGACUUGUUGUACAAGUCUGGUACUGGAGAUGCCAACAUGUCUUCUUUGUUCCAGGCUAACUUGGUCAACUCUGAUGUCGGUGGAGGACCCAGAGACGUCACCUUUGGCCACUCUUUUGUUACCCUUAAGAACCAAGGUUUGACCGGCGGUUUGUUACACUCGCACGUUCAGACUUUCCCUGAAGGUUCCAAGCAGCAGCAGGUCACCACUUACGCCCACAAGGACUCCAACAACAAUUGGGUGUUCCAGAAGCCUCGUGGUGUUCCUCACUUCGACCCAGACAACGACAAGUCUGCAGACUAUGUCUUGGAUGGUCAGUCGGUCAGAUUGUUGCACGCCAUGACCGGCAGAAACUUGCACACCCACGACGUGGCUGCCCCAGUGACGAACUCCGAGUUCGAGGUGGCUGGUUACGGUAACUUGACCAUUGGUGACCUUAAGGAUAAUUGGGUGGUGGAGAUCAUGGAGUCGCAAGGUAAUGAAAACUCCUCCCGUUUGCACCCAUUGACUUCGUCUUUCAGAUUGAAGAAUCCAGCCAUGAACUGUUACUUGGGUGUCACUGGAAACUCUUUGCCACAGUGGGGUUUCAGACAGGGAGAAGUUGUUUGUUUCAAGAACCCAUUCAAGAAGGACAAGAGAACCUGGUGGAACAUCGAAAACAACAGAAACGAAAUUUUGCCUGAUGCUCCAGCUAACUUCACCUUGCCAAAGACUCGCUUCCUCAGAGACUUUAUUCAACUUAACUUGGCGAUGAUGGCUACCAACAACGCUUUGGUGCCCGACCCAGACAAACAGGACGAUUUAGCUUCCCAGUUUUGGCAAUGGCCCACUUUGAACACUGGUAUCAGAAUGUGCUCAUGGGCCAACGAUAAGAUCAAGUACUAUUUGGUGGGCUCUCCUGCAACCACAUGGACCUCUUCUGUUGGAGUUGUAUUGUUCUGCUUCAUCACUUUGUACCAUUUGAUCAGAUGGCAGAGACAAAUCAACGACUUCGAAACCGAACACAAGCUCAAGACCUUCUUGAUGGGAGGUAUCUACCCUAUGUUUGGUUGGGGUUUGCACUUCAUGCCAUUCGUCAUUAUGGGCAGAGUCACUUACGUGCACCACUACUUGCCAGCAUUGUACUUUGCCAUGUUGGUUUUCUGCUACGAAGUGGAGGCCUUCACGCUCCCAUUGAAGAGAUCUACCAAUUCCAACUACAGAUACUUGUACUGGGUUAUCUACUUGGGCUUGUAUGCCUUGGUUAUUGGCACCUUCUGGUACUUCAGAUGGAUCUGUUGGGGUUUGGAGGGACCAAAGGAGAACUGGAAGCAUUUGAACUUGUUGUCGUCGUGGAGAGUUGCUAACGACAACUACUCCUGA